GCAGCUCCUUCCCAGGCCGCGGAGCUGGAAAAUGGCUGAGUUGUGGAGCAGCGAGCCUCGCUCGGGACGCCAGGGACGGUCGGGACGGGCGAGCCGCGGAGCCGCGGCCGAGUGAAGAGUGCGAGGCCGCAGGAAGAGCGCCCCUGCGCGGCCGAGGCCCCCCCCGGGACCCGCCUGGAGCCCCCCCCGGACCCCCGGACCUCUGGAGCCCGAGCAGCGCACACGCGUCCCAGGGUCAGGCAUAAAUCUGGCUCGUAACAUGUAGAGAUUUGAAAGAGGAGGAGAAGAUUAACAACCUUGUCCUCCCAUCAGAGCGCCGGACUCGACCGCGGUGUGCCGCCGGCGCCGGGCCCUGGACCGGCAGCGAUCCUCCGCCGGGCCGCCCCAGCUGCACCAGCCUCCAGGUUUCUGCUGCUCCAAGGAGCAUGUUUCCCAUGCUUUCCCUCUGCUCCAUCAUCUGGCUCAACCGGGGCAUCAAGCUGAGGAAAGUGCGUCAGUCCACCACCACCGGCCGGGUCUGAAGCUCGCGGCGCCACCGCGAUGAAAGCAGUCAAACUCGCUUGUUUUAAAAAUGCUUCUCAGCUUGGGGUGACUCCCCGUCCUCUCCUCACCGCCCCUGCUCCGGCCCUGUAAACCCCCGACGCCAGCCUUUUGGGGAUUCAGCGCCGGCCUUGAUUUCUGACGAGCCCCUGUUUUUCACGGCGGGACUCUCGCCACGCCGUCUGAACCUCCUCUCGGUGGCCAUUUUAGUUUUUUGCCUGUGUAACAAAAUGGCAGCGGAGGGUUUCCAGUACCGCGCGCUCUACACAUUCACGAAGCACCAGGAGGAGGACCUGGACCUGGAGGCCGGAGACCUGCUGACGGUCAGCAAGGCGUCCCUGACGUCCAUGGAGAACUUUGAGGAGGCGUUUGUGCAGCGCCCGGAGCGCCUGGGCUGGCUGCUGGGCUUCAACGAACGCACCAAGCAGCGCGGCGACUUCCCGGGGACCUUCGUCGAGUACGUCGGCCCCGUCAGGAUGGCGCUGCCGCCCAACCAGCCGCGGUCCCAGCGACCCCUCCCAGCUGCGCCCACACCAGAGUCAUCUGCAGCUGUUUUGGUGCCAGAACUCAGUGAGCAGUUCACGCCGCCGGAGACGGCGCCCCCGGCCCUCGUCAGCCUGGUGCAGGCCAUCGAGAAACGAGGUCUGGACCACAAGACCUUAUACAGAAGCGGUGGCUCCUCAGGCUCGGAGAGUCCCGUCUACACCCUGAGCUCCGAGACGGAUAUUGCCCAGACGGACGUAGGCUUCCUGUCUGAGAGCGUCCUGCAGUACCUGAGAGACCUGCCGUCGCCCGUCAUCCCUGCGUGCAUCUACCCCCAGCUGCACGCUGCUGUCCUGCAGCAGCAGCUGCUCCAGCAGUCAGGAGACGGAGCUGUGGCGGGCAGCCAUGACAGGGAGGUGAGCCUGGUCCUGGAGAACUCCCCCGCGGUCCCGCUGCACCACCGUCUCACCCUGCAGUUCCUCCUCACACACCUGGCCAAGGCCGCCCAGGCCCAGGCCGGCAACGGCCUGGACACACACACUCUGGGAACCAUCUUUGGUCCGCUGCUGAUCUGGACCGACCCCUCCUCCUCAUGGUUUUCCUCAGACGAGAACGUCCCUGCCAUGGUGGUGGAGCGGCUGCUCAUAGAGACGACUAUGCAACAGGACCUGCCUUCUCCACUCCUUCCAGCCAAGCCGGCCGUGUCAAAGAUGACCCCACCGGCCAUGACGGACCAAAACAGCCUCCUGAGUGACGCCGAGUGGUACUGGGGAGACAUUUCCAGAGAGGAGGCCAACGAGAAGCUGCGAGACACUCCGGACGGCACCUUCCUGGUCCGGGACGCGUCCAGUAAACUGGAGGGCGAGUACACGCUCACCCUCAGGAAAGGCGGGAACAACAAGCUUAUAAAGAUUUACUACCGAGAGGGUCGCUACGGUUUCUCUGAGCCGCUGACCUUCCUCUCCGUCGUGGAGCUCAUCAAUCACUACCGCCACGAGUCCCUGGCCCAGUACAACGCCAAGCUGGACACCAAGCUGCUGUACCCCGUCUCCAAAUAUCAGCAGCUGGUGAAGGAGAACAGCAUAGAGGAGGUCGGGGAGCAGCUGAAGGUUUACCACGAGCAGUUCCAGGAGAAGAGCCGCGAGUACGACUCCCUGUACGAGGAAUACACGCGCACUUCACAGGAGCUGCAGAUGAAGCGCACGGCCAUCGAGGCCUUCAAUGAGACCAUCAAGAUCUUCGAAGAGCAGUUUGAGACCCAGGAGCGGUACAGCAGGGAGUCUCUGGAGCGGUUCCAGCGCGAGGGAAACGAGAAGGAAAUUCAAAAGAUCCAGAGCAACUCGGAGCGCUUGAGGUCUCGCGUGAAGGAGAUCCACGACAGCAAGCGUAAGCUGGAGCAGGACCUGCGGCAGCAGGUUUCAGACAACAGAGAGAUCGAUAAGAAGAUGAACAGCCUCAAGCCGGAUCUCAUGCAGCUGCGCAAGAUCAGAGACCAGUACCUGAUAUGGUUGACACAAAAGGGGACGAGGCAGAAGAAAAUCAACGAGUGGCUGGGCAUAAAGAGCGACGCUGAUGAUUCCUACUCACUUGAAGAAGACGAGGGCUCCCCUCACCACAGCGAGUGUACCUGGUACGUGGGCGACAUCAAACGGACGCAGGCCGAAGAGAUGCUGAGGGGAACGUGCGACGGGACCUUCCUCAUCCGGGAGAGCCAGUCCCAGAAGGGCUCCUACGCCUGCUCCGUCGUGGUGGAAGGCGAGGCCAAACACUGCGUCAUCUACAAGACGGCCACGGGUUACGGAUUCGCCGAGCCCUACAACCUGUACUCGUCCCUCAAAGACCUGGUGCUCCACUACAAAAACGUCUCGUUGGUCCAACACAACGACCAGCUGAAUGUAAACCUGGCCUACCCGGUCCUGGCCCGCUCUCAGAACCAGCACCCGAGAUGAGUCCUCCUCCACCAGCAGCAGCAGCAGCGCACGCCGCCACCCCGGGAACGCCCAUCUCACGCUCAUACACAUCAGACGAGACAGACCACUGGACGGUACUUGUUCACAUGUUGAAGCGGUACGGAAAAAGAGAUUGUCUGUCAGGAAACGUAUGGAUGUUUUUCCUGAUUGGAGCCUGUUGCCUCUUUCUCACGUGGAUCUCAGUCCGGCUGGGACAGAACGGCCUCGUAAGAAGCACAUUACUACUGAGAACGAGGCAUCAUACGGUUUGUUUUGCUGAUGCCAUUAGUUUCAACUUGUGUAUUAGCCAAACACACCGGUAUAGUGUUGCUUAAGAAGAGAAAAGAUUACAGGAAAGUACAUUUGACACAGAAAUGAAGCAGACAAAACGUGUUUAAAGGAAUUCAAAGUACACAAAUACAUCUUGGAUCACAGAGAAGAAGUGGAAAGACCAGUCGGUGGGAUAAUAGGAACAUUUAUAAAAAAUGUGUUGUUUUAAUUCUCUUAAACACUUGAUAAAUGUUAUUUUUUUGGACGCAGGCCCACCAUGUCAUCCCCAGAGCUCAGCUUUCAUUCACUGCAGAGACUGGCGAACCGGGGCUGCUCACGCCGCAUCAUCACGGCUGAGGGACCACGGGCGGGAGAAAGGUGGUCCCUGGAGGUUUUUAGGAGUUUUAAAAGAUCCAUUUACCACAAAAGCUUGCAUAAGUGCCAUAGUAAAAGCUUUGAAUGACCGUUAGCCUGUGUUGCUAUGAUGUUGUGGAGGCACGUGGAGGCCGGACGGAGGAGGAACCGAACCGGUGGCCGAGCCACAGCUUUAAAAAAGUAUCUCGGUUCCUCUCUCACGGGGUCUCCUUUCCAACUCUUUAGAUGCCGCGUACAGGGAAUCCUGCACCGCGGCAUCGCAUACAUUGUACAUAUGUCCUAUAUUAUGACUUUAGCAUAAGUUCGACAUCACAGCACGUUGGAUGAAGGGGCACAGUUACAACUACAGUUCCCUGGGAUUCAGGUUUCCUGCGUCGGUGUCUCUUCCUCCUUUCUUUUACAUCCUUUUUAAUACUGUAGCUCCCGUAGCCCUGGAGUAAAGGCGUUGUUAGUUAGCUCCUCCUUGUGUGUCCUGUUGCUGUUUGUGCAGAGACACUUGCAAGGCAUCCACCUUUUGUGAUUAUCGUAUCUUUUUCGUACUGAGUUUGCUUGACGUCUUUAUAGAUUAGUGUGUUUCUCGCUGUUUUCCAGCCCAGUUUCUCUCAUCCGCUGCAAACCCUGGCGGCAGGAGGAGGGAUUUGUUGAUUUAAAGCCGGGCGUCCUGCGGCAGCGAGACGCCUCAGCCGUGCAGGGCGCCGGUCCCCGAGGACCCGGGCUGAAGGACACUGGUGUGCAGAGAUUCAGCCAGUGGAAGGUACUUCAUUCAGCUCACUCACGGCGUCUCCAGGACGUUUUGCAAGACAUUCAGAUUCAGUUUUAAGAGUGAAAACUAUCCACCCAGUGUGAGCCCCAUGAAGGAUGUGAGAGAGAUGAAAAAGAAACAAAAGGAAGCAGUGGUUGUCCUUUAAGCGUGGCCUCUGUGGGUUGAGAGAUUAUUCAGUGCAGUACGCAUGGAGCCCGUCACUCGGGUGCUUGUUUACUGCUUUCUUUUGUUUAUUUUCUUGGACUAGUGCAUACAGUUGUGCUUUUUGUGGUGCGUACAGUACAGUGUGGUGUACGGUACGGUGUGUGGUCUUACUAUGCAGUCGUGUUAGAAGUUUUCCAGAUGGGUUACCUCCCACUGCUCCAUGCUGCGGCGCUGGCAGUGGUUUCCUACUGUUGUUGGCUUUCUUUGUUCGUUUGUUUGUCUGUUUGUUUGUCUGUCGUCCACAUUUAUUUGGGUUGAGGUAGAGAUUGAACCGCCUCACGUCAGCGUCACUUUCAAAGCACAGUUUUGUAGAUGCAGGUUUAUGCAGUUCUGGUGUGGUCAGUAUAAUCGUUGCAAUGAAAACAAUGAAACUUACUUUCGUACGAUGAUCAAAUAUGAGUUGUCUUUCCUAUUUCUUACACACAACGGAGAGAGAAGGGCAAAAAGAAAUAGAGAUAUUUUUGUACAAGGCUAUCAAACAGAUAAGUCAUUGAUGAUAUUGCUGGAAAAAUGUCUUUUAGUUUUAAAAAUGAUAAUUGAUUUUUUUUCGGGGGGGGUUUGAAAAGUCUGAUUUUGAUAGAAAUGAAAGGUUUUCUCAUAAAAAUGAUAAGUUAAAAGUUAACAUCGGAGCUUCUCAAGCGAAGACGAUGCUGGUCGUCUUGCAUUGUUUUGGUUUUUUUUUGCAUCACAAAGUUGAGAUAGCAGCAUUUUUCUAGACAGGCCGAUCCGAUCGUCCGCUAACCUUGACCUUAGAAGACAAAGACACCGCUUUGAUAUCAGUCAGGAUUAAUCAGCUGUACUUGUUUUUGCACAGUUCUUGGCGAGUAGAAAACCCCCAAGAAUGAAAGUGGAGGUGACAGAUUAGAGGGCUACAAACAUUUUGAGUGUGAUGGACUAGAAGUGCCUUUAGUCAUCAUGAUGAGCAUGUUGGCUCGUACUGCGUUUGCCAUUGAUCAAAGACUAAAGAGUAUCUGGCAGAUAGGUGUACUUGUUGUCUUAGAUUUAGCGUGUGUGGUAAUCUGAGCAUGUUUUAGGUGGAGAACGGCUGUUUUUAGGCGUGUUUCUUCGUUGUUACAUUUAUGGAUGUUGCAUAUGGCUUCUCUCUUCAGGUGAUGCUGCACCGCAGCUCGGUGGCUUCACUGAGCACGCCGGCGGCUCCUCACCAGCUUUCUUCUUCUUUCUUGGUUAUUUUAUAUCUUAUAUCAGAUUAGACGUGUGAGCAGUGGCUCUGCCCUGUUUGUUUCGAGCCUAUUGAACAAGCUGGUUCCCUUUUUUUCAAACCGGCGAUGCGGUUGACUCAUCGACUCGUUGCUGACACAUCCGAUAUCCAGUUUCUUGGACCAACGGUUUUGUGACUGCACUUUUAUUUCUGUUCACGCUCAAAUUAAAGGACAUGCGUCAUUAUCAGUGCUGGGUUUUAUUGUCGAUAAUGUUUCAUAGGGUACACGAGGAGUGACGGACAUUUGGAUUACGAUUAUUGGAGCUAUUCUGUUUGCGGUCCACAGCUGUCGUGUAAAUCGCUCGUGACAGUUUUUAGUCCGAGUGCUUUUACGGAUCGGAUCGUAUCAGGUUGUCGGUAUUUCUUCCACACCAGACGGCUUCUGGCUCGUCAGCCACACAGUUUAACGAAUAAAGCGCCGCUGAUUUCCCUUGAAGAUGAAUCCAUCCCCAUCACAGAAAGACAGUUGUUUAUGUGGAGGUGGAUAUGCAGCUCACAGAGAGAGCAGGUCUGGACCCUGCAGGGUCAGGAAAUAGCCUUGAUUACAACCGAGAAGCACAAACCGAUUUUGGACAGUUAUUGUGGACGCGUCUGCAGGUACCACGCAGGCCCAGCGGACCGGUCCGCUGGUUCUGCUUCAUUCAGACCAAUGUCCAGAACCUCAUUAACAUAAACCAUGAUAAUAAUAAAAAUGUGACAGAAAGGCUUCCAGCGUUGCUUAUUAAACUCUUUGCAAUUUUUCUUUUUUUUUUACUUUCAUUCACUGUAAAGUAUGCUGUUAUUAUUAUUGAUAUUUAUAGAUGUUAAACAGCUGGAAGAGAUGCUCGGAGCAAAGAAACGUAGUUAAAUGAGAUGAAAUCAUCGAUCACUUAGAGUUCUGAAGCUUGAGGCUUUCAUCCCAUCCAGCUUUGAGAUACACAUCUUAGAUCGUCUUGAAAAACAGUUUUCUAUCUUUCAAAUGAUCAUAGAGGAAGUAUUUUUGCAUCACUACGGUACCCUGUAAAAUAAACUUGCUGCAAUAGUCUCAAACACAAAGCACAGCUCUUCACUGACAGAGAGGAACCCGCGUACACCAAGAUGUCUCUUACAGUUUGAAGAGUAAGAAAUACUAGAGAGUAAUAUUUUUCUAAUGAAAGUCAGGUGACAGGAACGCACGCCCUCCUUCGCUUUGAAAGCCUUGUGUAUCAGGGCUUUUAAACUCGUCUGGUCCGUACUGAACAUCAAAACCGGGACAUGUCGUUAUUUACUCAAUGAAAGUGAAGCAGGAUGCAGAAGCUGGUGUGUGAAAAAGGUUUUCUGUGCGUUAGCAGCGUUGGUUGAGGCUGAAACGCUCAACCUGUCAGUCAGAUUGAGGGGCCAGGCUCUGACUGCUGCGCUCGUCUCAUCAUUUCGUUGAUGAUUCAUCUAUUUGUCCUUUUUUGCGUGACGAUAUUAUGAAAUGACACAACAGCCUGAUGUCCAGCUGCAGAGCAGGAGACUCUGACUCAGUGGCUGCAGGACAAACCCAGACCACGACCCGUCCACGCGGCGCUGACUCUGUGUUUUCAUUAUAGCAUGAAAGAUAUAGUGUAAAAUUGUCCGUUAUUGACACAGGUGAAGGCUUUAGACCAGCAAGCCACCAGAAAGCUCAGCUCUUAGAGACGCGACUCCCUGCUGUCAUCAGAUCCGAAGGAAAAUGUUACACAAAAUGCUUUUUCACACACUGGUUCUGCACGUCGGUUUAGUCUUUGCUGAGUGGAUGAUGACGCCAUCUCACGUGUUGUUCACGUGAAGCUCUUCAUGAAGAUGUUUAUUACGUCCUGAUGCUGGAAGAGUGUGUGUUAUUGUUCACACACAACACGAGUGUCGCCGGGCACAGGUACCGUACGUUCAGGAGACGGAGGACGCUCUCACGCACGUGGUGAUGUUUGCUCGUCCAGGACGGCCCUCGCCGCCGUGCAACCGUCACGUAUUACAACCUUUUUUGCUCUUGUUUGCUCACACGAGGAUCUGUGUGGUGGUUUUGGAGUUUUGUGUUAGUUGUGAGUAGAGGCAGUGUUACACGUGCACCAUUUAAAAGAUGCGCUUGAUUUUUGCAGAAAUGACCUGUCAAAGUAAAAGAAAUAAACCCUGUCGGGGUCAUCAUCGCUCCUCUGCAGAUCUGUGCUCUUUUACGGUGCCUGAGUAUAUUUCUGUUUCAUUGUUUUGGCUUUUUAAAAAAGCUCAUACAUGUGUUUGUCCAAGUGUCGCUUAUUUUGAUGUUGUUUAUGUCUGUUAAUGAGUUUAUAGAGCCUAUAAAGAAAAAAAAUAAGCUAGCUUGAUUUUCUUUUCUUCUAUACAACAAAAAAAAACAAAUGUUUACAAUAUGUAAUUAACCAAAUAAUAAAUAUGCGCUCGUGGAGUCCGUCUGUCCCGCAGAGGUCGGGAUAGACGGACUUUAUUUCUUUAUUUCCUCUGGUUUGUUUGUUUUUCACACUUGAAAAUGCAAUGACAAGUUUGUCUGGGGUUUUUGUUGUCGUUUUGUUUUUUGUUUCUGAUUUAACUUGCUCCUCUAUUUGUCUUUGAGAUGAACGUGUAAGAACAUAAAAACAGUGCUCCCUCGACAGCAGUUCGCCCGGAUCCACGACUCCUCGUCACUCUUUACCUGCUGAUGAUUUCAAAUCACACUGAACCUUGAAUAUGCUUGAACUGACCUGUUGGAGCUCCUGUUGUCUAUAUUCUUCACCGCCUCCACUCUGCCGGCGUUCCUGUCAAACACACUUCAAAGAACUCAAAGAAGAGGAGGGUGCCGUGAGCAUGUUGUGAAUAACUUUAAAAAAAAAAAUGCAUACUUGAGUACAGUUUAUGUACAUCAACCCACAUGGAAAUUCAGGAACUGCGACCAGGAGGCGACCUGCUCUUGGUUUUGUACUUUACUGCAAAUGGUUUUCAAAUGAAAAGCUGAUUUAUCUGCUCUGUUGUUUUUAGUUAACCCUCUUUCUUUUCUUUAAGACCAAAAUGUUGCCGAUGUGUAACGCGUGAUUACAUUUACAGCUACACUUUCAUUCCCUUUUCUGCCUGUUUUCCCACAUCACCACGUCCGUCCGGACGUUUCUCUGAAGGUUGUCAGUUUAUUUCCUUAUUUCUUUUCCCUCUUUUAUUUUUGUCUUGAUGUAUCUAAUGUUAAUGGGUUUUUUUUAGUGAUUUUUGGUGUACGGUAGUUGUUAUUCAGGAUCGCACUUAGCAUGUUAGUGACUCUUGCAAUAUUUACAGGACAGCAACAGCUUCCUCCUUCCACACUAAUCACCCAUCGCGCUCGCUCUACAGUUUACCUAAGAAGUUCGCUUUGCCCAGCUAAACGUUCUGCUUGUAACUAUAGUUGUCAAAGAGGCGAUUAGCUCCUUUUUCUCUCAGAGCGGGUGGACGCGGAUGGGGCAGCCAGAUAAAGCUACUUUACACCAAAGUGCAAUUGAAUGCAGAGGGAGCACUGUUGUUUCUGCCGGCGGAGGCCCCGCAGGUGGUGGUACGCCCAGCCAUAGUGUAUGAAAAGAUGUUUAUUCUUCUCUGGUGACAUCCUCCCUCCAUCAGUCUUUCUUAACUCGGAUGAGACGUUUCUUUCUCUCGGACACGUAUUCUUUGAUCUGUACAGUUCUCUCUGUAGGCUAAUGCAAUGAUUUUAAAAGACAAUAAAAGACUG